UGGGUAGUAGUAGUAGAGAGCUCGAUCAAAUUAAACAACUAUCAAUAAACGAAAAUGGAAGGGUUAAAGAGAAGAUUGUUGGCAUUGGUGCUUAUGGUUUGUAUCACAACACAAGCUUAUGCAACACAACAUGUUGUGGGUGGAAGCGAUGGAUGGGAUGAGUCUACAGAUUAUAAUUCGUGGGCAAAAGGACAGACUUUUAAAGUUGGUGAUACACUUGUGUUUAAAUACACUCCUGGACUACACAACGUAGCUGAGCUUGGAAGUGAAAGCGAGUACAAAAGUUGUGACACCAGUAACGCUGCCAACUCAAUGAGCACAGGAAACGAUGUUGUAAAGCUAGACAAAGCCGGCAGUCGUUAUUUUGCUUGUGGAACUGCAGGCCAUUGUAGUGCAGGCAUGAAGCUUAAGGUUGACGUUGUCGCCGGAGAUAAACAAUCUUCAGGAUCAUCUUCUUCUUCUACUUCGUCACCUUCAUCUUCGUCGUCGACUUCCGACGUUUCUAGCACUUAUCAGAGUCUCCUUCGUUCCCUCCCGUAUAUGGUGUUACUUGCUCUAGGUGUGGCCAUUUUGCCUUUUUUUGCAUGAUGAAGUGUUAGACUGUUAGUCCAUUGAGGAGCUAUCUUUUUUGGGUUUGGUGGAUGUUGUAAUCUUUGCUGUGUAAUUUGUAUGGUCGUGUGUGGUAUAUUUUGCUAAGGGGUGAAUAAUUUCAAUUGGAAUGAUAUAAAAUUAAAGUGUAGUUGUCUAUUACUAGAAAAGAUUAUGGUACUGCUUUUUGAUUGUUUUGGGAUAGAUAGUGUAUUGUUAUAUUGUUAUCAAAUAUUUUUGUUACUUUAAUUUUAUAAUUAUAAAUUGUUGUUGUUACCA